AUGAAGUUUUUAGACGCCGAAGCGCAAGAAAGAAAAAAGGAGGAGAAACGUAAAAAAGACAAAAAGGAACAGGAGAAAGAUGGAAAAGAUGACAAAAAAGAUAAAAAAGAUAAGAAGAAGGAGAAGAACGUCCUACCUGAAGUUUCAAAACGAACUGAACGAAAGAAAAAUAUCCCCCUCAUUAAAAUAUAUCAUACCGAAUUGGAAAAUAUUACUGAAUUCAACGGCUUCAACGACUGGCUUCAUUCAUUUUCGCUAUAUCGAGGAAAAACUAGCGAAGAAGAUGAUGACGAACACCGGGUAGUCGGAAAGUUUAAGGGCUCCCUCAAAGUUUGGCAAUAUCCUUUACCUGAGAAUGUUGAAACCGAUCCUGUCAUUGGUACUUUCCGGAAGUUGCCUAGCAACGAACCUGUUAACGUUUUGGUGCGAGUAUACGUCGUCAAGGCAUUAAACCUUCAUCCUUCAGAUCCGAACGGCAAGGCUGAUCCAUACCUAAUUGUAACAUUGGGAAAACAAAAAGUCAAAGACCGUGAUAAUUACAUAUCAAAACAGUUGAACCCAAUAUUUGGAAGAACGUUUGAAUUCGAAGCAUUAAUCCCGAUGGACUCAAUUCUUACCGUUGGUGUUUAUGAUUGGGAUUUGGUUGGUAGCGAUGAUUUCAUUGGUGAAACCAAAGUCGAUUUGGAGAAUCGAUUUUACAGUCGACAUCGAGCUACCUGUGGUUUGCAGGAACAGUUUACAACAUUCGGUUUCAACAAAUGGCGAGAUCCACAACGUCCCACUCACAUAUUGGGUAAAAUAUGUAAAGAUGAAGGACUAGAAGGUCCUCAUUAUACCAACGGCAAAUGUCAGGUGGAAGGUGUCACGUUCAAAGCCGCUGGUCAAAUUCAAGAUGAGUCUGGUAAUUGGAAGCAGUCAGACGAGCCGUCGGCUCUGAUGGUUUUACGUAACAUGCAUAAAGUAAUACCUGACCAUCAUCUUGUUCCCGAGCACGUGGAAACGAGAUUUCUUUAUUGUUCUGAGAAACCUGGAGUGGAACAGGGGCAAGUGGAAAUGUGGGUGGAUAUGUUUCCGAGAGACAUGCAAUCCCCCGGUGCUCCUGUUGAUAUCACACCUAGAAAGCCAACCAGUUAUGAACUUCGUAUUGUGAUUUGGAACACAGAUGAAGUUCUCAUGGACGAUACGAAUGUUAUCACUGGAGAGAAGUGCAGCGAUAUUUUUGUUAAAGGUUGGAUUGAAGGAAUGAAAGACGAGAAACAAGAAACCGACGUUCAUUAUAAAUCAAUGACCGGAGAAGGUAAUUUCAACUGGAGAUUAAUUUUUCCAUUUAAUUACCAACGAGCAGAGGAGCGCAUUAUCAUCAAUAGAAAGGCUUCUUUCUUCUCGUGGGAUGAAUCCGAGGAGAAGGUUCCUCCUAGAAUUGUGUUACAAGUAUGGGAUGCUGACUCAUUUUCUGCCGAUGAUUUUAUUGGUGAUCUUUCGCUGGACUUGAACCGCAUGCCACGAGGGGCGAAAUCAGUGAAGACAUGCAGUCUGGAUAUGGUUAAGAAAGAUGGAACAGUACCACAUGUUUCUUUGUUUAAGUUGAAGCACAUGAGAGGAUGGUGGCCUUCUGUUAACACUGAUUUGGAAGAAAUUGAACUGUCUGGAAAAUUGGAAGCAGAGUUUGAACUGUUAACCGAAGAGGAAGCUGAGAAAAAACCAGCAGGCAAAGGUCGUGAAGAACCCGAACCUCUUCCGAAACCAAAUCGUCCUGACACAUCAUUUGUUUGGUUUAUGAAUCCGUUGAAAUCUCUGCGUUACAUGUUGUGGAAUAAUUACAAAAUUUGCAUCGUUAAAUUCGCCGUUAUUUUCCUUCUUCUUGCUCUUAUGGGAUUAUUUUUCUACUCCAUGCCGGGGUAUACUGUCAAGAAGAUAUUCAAUGCUUGAUGUUUUGGAAUGUGCUCUGAUAAUUAUUUUAAUCCUAAUUACCAUUUGAAUUAAAUUUUAUCAUUAAGAAUAUUUUAGGCUUUCUUGUCUGUGUUAUAGUUCCAAAAUGUUCAGUUUCAGUUUUUGCAUGUGGUGCAAUGCUGCUGUAUUUUAUUAAUUGCAAAUUAUUAAUAUAUAGUUUAAUAUAUAUAGAUAAUUUUAAAUGAUAUAUAUUGUGUAACUUAUAUAUAAAGUAAUUAUUAGUAAUUAUUAGUAUAAUAAUUACUUUAUAUAUAAAGAUAUAUAUAAAGUAAUUAUUAGUAGUUGUAAUUUUAGUAAAA